ACGUAGUUCUGGGUUUCAGUUAAGCCCGGAAGCCAAAAACGGCGAAUGCUAAGCAGCUGUGUAGCAAAGCGAGCCCCGCCGGUUUACUGUCGGCUGCCACCUCAGCUUACGUCUAGGGAAAACUUGAGUUCAGCUCGUUGUCACGGAGCUGCAUGACAGCGUCCGCGCUGCUGUCGUGCGAGCGAGUUGGCGACACUUCACGCGACCGAUGCAGGAAAAAAUGAGACGAGGGCUGUUGUUAUUGUGACUAAGCUCUGUGUUGCCAUGGAGAAGCCGUGGAGGUUGUGGGGCGCAGUGGAGCGUUGUACCCUCACUUUAGUCUCCUGGUCCUGGGGCACCUGCCGCGUGUCCCUGCUGGCUCUGAUCCUCACCUUCCACCUGUACGGGGGUUUCAUCCUCCUGGCUCUCAUCCUGGCCUCCGUGGCGGGCAUCCUUUACAAAUUCCAGGACGCGCUCCUCUACUUCCCCGACCAGCCGUCGUCGUCACGCCUCUACGUUCCCGUGCCGACGGGAAUCCCGCACGAGAACGUCUACAUUCGCACUAAGGACGGCGUGAAGCUCAACCUCAUCCUGUUGCGAUACACGGGGGACUCACCUGCCGGAGUCUCGGGUGCCAAUCAGAGCGGCACCGCUUCCUCGGCGCCGCCCACCAUUCUCUACUUCCACGGCAACGCGGGCAAUAUCGGCCACAGGGUGCCCAACGCGCUGCUGAUGCUGGUCAACCUGAAAGCCAACGUGGUGCUCGUGGACUACCGCGGCUACGGGAAGAGCGACGGCGAGCCCGGCGAGGAGGGCCUCUACCUGGACGCCGAGGCCACGCUGGACUACGUGAUGACCCGGCCCGAUUUGGACAAGACCAAAGUGAUACUGUUCGGCCGCUCGCUGGGGGGCGCCGUGGUCAUCCGCUUGGCGUCUGCCAACCCGCACCGCGUGGCGGCCAUUAUGGUGGAAAACACCUUCCUCAGUAUCCCGCACAUGGCAGCGACGCUCUUCUCCUUCCUGCCCAUGCGCCUGCUGCCCCUGUGGUGCUACAGGAAUCAGUUCCUGUCUUAUAGGAAGGUGGCGCUGUGCCGCAUGCCCUCGCUGUUCGUCUCGGGCCUGUCAGACCAGCUCAUACCGCCGGUCAUGAUGAAGCAACUAUACGAGAUGUCACCGUCGCGGACUAAACGCCUGGCCAUCUUCCCCGAGGGCACGCACAAUGACACGUGGCAGUGUCAGGGCUACUUUGCAGCUUUGGAGCAGUUCAUUAACGAGCUGCUCAAAAGCCACGCCCACGAGGAGAGCGCGCAGACGUCCUCGAGUGUCACCAUCAUCUGAGCGAACUUUUUUACUCUUUCUCUUAUUUAAUUUCACUCACCAAUGUGGAAAUGACCUUUGUUCAGGGUGGGGGAACAUUACUCAUUUUCUUGUGUUUCAGCCAUGAAUGCAUGCAUAUGUGACUCUUAAAACAGUGUUUCCCAACCUGUUUUGAGCCAAGGCACAUAUUUUUCAUCGGGAAAAAAAUCUUAUGGGACAGCACCUAACAAAAAUGUCACAAAAAGUUGAUACACUGAUUAAUUAUAUACCUUCUGCCAUCUUGUGGGAGAGUGUUUAAUUGUUCUGUCAAUAAACCUCGCUGGCAUAGAUACCGAUAGUUGAAAUUGGCUAAUUUCCAGUGACACGCCAAAUGAUAUUUCCCUGCGCAUUGGAUGGGAAUCAGUGUCUUCAUAAAUUAGGUCACUCGUGAAAGAUGAUGCUGACUGAAAUGUUUUACAGCUACUGACGUAAUUUGGCGUGGUGCGAUUACUGAGCGACACGGAUGAGCGCUGCAACAUCACGGCAGCGUUUUAGUACACACCGCAAGACUUGAAGUCUGACUAACACGAAAUCGUGCACAUUGAUGUAAAUAUAACUGGAUUAUUUCAUUCGCAUCCUUAGUUCAUUGCCAAUGAAAACAUGAAGGAGUACUGGGGCCAAAGCGAGAAGAAUGUAUGUAAGAAUGUAACAUUUUUGUAACAUUAUUUUUGAAAGAAAUAACUAUUUUUUGAAUGUUCUAGGAAAAAUGCAAAAAUUUUUUUUUUUUUGGUGGUAAUCAAAAAAGUAUUACAGCUGCUGUUUGGAUAAAAUAUAAUCUAAUUCUUGUAAUAUAACAUUUUAGUUAAUAUCCAGCCAUCCAUUUUCUUCUGCUUUUCCGAGGUCGGGUCGUGGGGGCAGCAGCUUGAGAAGCGAAGCCCAGACUUCCCUCUCCCGAGCCACUUCGUCCAGCUCUUCCAGGGGGAUCCGGCGGCGUUCCCAGGCCAACCGAGAGCCGUAGUCUCUCCAGCGAGUCCUGGGUCGUCCCUGGGGCCUCGUCCCUGUGGGACGUGCCCGGACUUUACAGGCGUAAAGGAGGCAUCCGAAGCAGAUGCCCGAGCCGCCUCAUCUGGCUCCUCUUGAUGCGGAGGAGCAGCAGCUCGACUCUGAGCCCCUCCGGGAUGACCGAGAUUAUCACCCUAUCUCUUAAGAGAGAGUCCGGACACCCUGCGGAGGAAACGAAUUUCGGUCGCUUCUAUCUAGGAUUUUGUUCCUUCGGUUAUGACCUACAGCUUGUGACCGACCAUACGUGAGGGUAGGAAUGUAGAUCAACCGGUAAAUUGAGAGCUUUGCCUUUCGGCUCAGCUCCUUCUUCACCACGACAGAUCGAUACAGUGUCUGCAUCACUGCAGAGUCUGCACCGCUCCGCCUGUCGAUCUCCUGCUCCAUUCUUCCCUCACUCGUGAACAAGACCCCAAGCUGCAUGAACUCCUCCACUCACCGCAGGAUCUCCUCCCUUACCCAGAGAGGGCACUCCGGCCUUUGUCCAGAUGAUGUUGCAGAGGUGUGUCAACCAGGACAGCCUCACAACAUUCAGAGCCUUUAGGAACUCAGGGCAGAUCUCAUCCACCCCCUGGGCCUUGCCACCGUGGAGCUUUUUAACCACCUCGGUGACAUCAAUCCUAGAGAUAGAAGAACCCACCUCAGAGUCCCCAGACUCUGCUUCCUCAUGGGAAGGCGUGUUGGUAGAAUUGAGGAGGUCUUCAAAGUAUUUGUCCCAGCGGCCAUAACGUCCUGAGUUGAGGUCAGGAGCGCACUGUCCCCACUAUACACAGUUUUGAUGUUGCACUGCUUCCCCCUCCUGAGAUGCCGGACUGCGGACCAGAAUUUCCUCAAAGCCGUCCGGAAGUCAUGUUCCGUGGCCUCAUCGAACUCCUCACACAAAUGAGUUUUUGCCUCAGCGACCACCAAAGCUCUGUUCCGCUUGGUCAGCCGGUACCCAUCAGACCCUCACAAUACGUUUGCGUCUGCCAGGUCAGACCGGCAUCUUCCCCCGCUAUCGGGGCCAACUCACCAUCAGGUGCUGAUCAUUUGACAGCUCCGCCCCUCUCUUCACCCGAGUGUCCAAGACAUGCAGGUUCAAAUCCGAUGACACGACCGCAAAGUCGAUCAUCGGACUGCGGCCUGGGGCGUCCUAGUGCCAAUGUACACGUGUACACCUUUCUGUAGAGCCGGAGCCCAAACUGUGUGUGGAGGUGAGCCCGACUAUCUAGUCAGAAUUUACUACUAACAUGUAGGUUAGGUUGAUUGAAAACUCCCAAAUUUUCAAUAGGCGUGACUAAGUGUUUUUUUUUUAAGUUUGUCUAUGUGCCCUGUGAUUGGCCGGUGAUGAACCCCGCCCAAAGUCAGCUGGGACAGGCUCCAGCACACCGAGGAGGAUAAGCGCUAUAGAAGACGGAUGGAUAAGGAACUUUUUUUUUUGUUUUUUUUUUUUUAAUCUUGAAAUUAUGCAACUGUUACUUGGGCUAAAAAAAUAACAUCUUGAAUGAAUGAAAUAUAAUUAUUUGAAAAAAAUACAACCUUGUUGAAAGGUUAAGACUGUUCUCUUCAACAUAACCAUGUUUUCUCUUUGAAAAAUGUGACUUUUUAAUCAAAACGUAAAAAAAAAAAACUUUUUCCCCCCCCCCCCUUCUUCCUUUUCGGUGUGGCCCUAAUACUCCUCCGUAAAAUAGCAACUUUCCUUCUUGGAAAAGAAUAAAAAGAUCACCCCUUUUGAUUGCCAGAAUGAAUUUUUUAAAGCCUAAUAAUCCUCAAAAGAUUUUCUUUUGAAAUUGUCAUGUUUGUCAGAACUAUAUCCAUCCGUUGGAAUAGCAAUAGGAAGCCAGGCUGUGCUGGGAGAGUAAUUAUUGUCAACUGUUCUUUCAACAUUGAGUAUGAUCUCUGGCAAGAGAGUCUAUCUUUUGUUAGUCUUUACAAUCUUAGCUCGCAUUGUGUUGCACUUCAGUUUUCUUUGAGGUUCUUGUCACCCUCCCACGAUCGUGCCAAAAUGGCGGUACUCAUUUGGAGGGCCAAUUAACGAGCUAAUUAACCGUUCCCCGACGUGUUCCAACGGGGUCCGGCGGAGUUUGACGAUCGCAAACCCUGCUGUCUGCUCUCGCUUUCAAAGCGCAAAACGACGAAGCCAUUCGAGUACACAGCGGAAGCUCUUUAGCCAUAUUUGGUACUGUUUAUAAAACCAACCCUUGGCAAGAAAAAGAGCGAUGAAUGUAAUUACGAGUGUUCAAUUAGCGUGUGAGCUUGUUUAUUUGUUCAUUUUCCCCUCGAUGUAGCUGAGGUUUUGUCAUUUUUCUGCAACGUAAUGUUGACACUUGCACUUAAAGCAACUCUUUUUGUUUUCUUUCCGCUUGAUUCCAGUUUGCAUUGCAAGAGAUGUUUGCGCUCAGCUUUUUGGGUUGCCACGGUUACUAGCCUUUUCGCAAAAUUAAGAAAUGGGGUUCUAUGGGAGUCCAAUGCAUCGUUACAGCUGCAAAGCCGGUCUGAAUGUGUUUGUUUUUAGAAAUGUUUGCGCAAGGGGUGAAGGCACCAUGAAUCAGCUUUCACUGAUGCGUGUUUCAUUCAGGAGCUGGCAUGUGAUUGUUUCUGUAACAAACUUGCACAGUGUUGACUUUUUGUAUCAAGACUUGACAAAGAUACAUUUCCUAAGCAGACAUUUGAAUGAAUUCUCUUCAUCUUUAGCUUGGAGAAGUCACUGAAUGACUAUUUUAUUUUAUUUUUUCCCCCACCCCCGUCACCAUUUCUGGGUUUUUAUGCACUCUUGGCUUUUGUAAGCACGCAUUUUUCUCAGUCUAUUCUGUGCCGUAACAUGCAUUAAAAUUGAUAUAUGAAAGAA